UUAAUGAUGUAAUAUAGAGAAUGAUGAAUCUGUCAAUUCUGCCUUGCCAUUAUUGUUGGAUUUGAGUCAACGGGAGUUCGUCUAUUAUCGAGUUGAAGAAAAUUUUUAUGCAAUUGUUGUUAAUUGAAACUGCAAUAAAUGGCGAAAAUUUCCGGCAAGGAAAGAUUUUACAGUAGCAUUGGUAUGCUCCUUCAUGUACUGUUUGUGGCUGGCCCUUUAGAUUUUUGGUACUGGAUUCGAUCCAGUUUGAAAUCCGUUAACGGACGCACCAUUGUUAUCACAGGCGCUGCAUCUGGUAUUGGUAAACGAUUAGCUGAAUUAUUCGCCAUUCGAUAUGGAGCUAAAGUUGCUAUUUUGGAUAUCAAUCAACAUGGUGCACAGGAAACAGUGGACAACAUUGUUGGAAGUGGUGGUAUUGCGCAGUGUUGGAAAUGUGACAUAAGCCAGGUAGAGGAGGUUAAUGAAUGUGCACGACAAAUUAAUGUCACCUUUGGAAAUGUUGAUAUCAUAAUUUGCAAUGCAGCCGUUUUGUAUAUCGGUGGAAUGCUAGAUUUGACGACUUGUCAACUUCAGAAAUCGCUCGAUGUCAAUGUGAUGGGAACGAUUAAUACAAUUCGAGCAUUUCUUCAGUCAAUGGAGGAACGAAAUGAAGGACAGAUUGUUGCAAUUUCAUCAAUUGCUGGUUUCUGUGGUGAAACAAACGGUAUUGCAUAUUGCAGUACGAAAUUUGCCAUUAGAGGUGUGAUGCAAUGCCUGGAAAUGGAAAUGAAAGAUAGAGGCUUGAACGGUAUACGAUGCACAACAGUAUGUCCAUACUUUACGCGAACACCGAUGAUUCUGAAUCUACGAAUGAGACCCACAUCAAUAUGGUUACCAUUCAUGUCGAUUGAUCGUUGUGCAUGCGAAAUUGCAGAUGCCAUUCUGAGGGAGAAAAGUAUCGCAUUCGUACCACAUUAUAUUAGUAUCAUUGCACAACUGAAAGGAGUGCUAUCAGAACGUGUGGAAAAUGCCUGUCGAGAGUAUCUGAAUUGUCGGUAUGAACCUUUGAAGCAGGAGGAGGUGGAAAAGAAUGAGAUAACAAUUUCCAAGGAAAGAGAUUACUUUAAAGGAUUGGACAUUAGCAAGAAAUAUCUACUGCUUAUCUCGUGUCUUAUAUUAAUGACCGGUUAUUUGAUGAUGAUGCAGGAUUUCGUGCAAAGCAUGCUGCAGACGUUGCUACUGUUCACUUCAUCAAAUUUCAUACUGGCUAUUUGGGCAUUACAUAUUUGUGAUCAAUUGCAAUUUUCAUUUCCUUGUAAAUUUCGAUGGUUUAUGCAAAUUUUCUGCUUUGGUUUCAUUUCUUUUCGCCAACUUUAUCGCUUUGCAUACUCCUCCGACAGUAGGAAAGAUUGUGCUAGAUGA